GUACAAAGGAUGGCUUUGAUGCCACGUUGGAGCAUCUCAUGCGUGAGGUCGGGCUCGAGGAACGCGAGGAUGAUGCGAUCACAAAAUCUCCAAAGCGAGAGCUUGAAAAUGAUUUUGCCAGGGUCGCCAAGGAACUGGAGGAUGAAACCAGGUUGGCCAAGGAACAGGAUGAUGCCUGGCGGAAGAAAGCUGAGCAAACAAGAUUGGCCAAGGAAAGGGAGGAAGCUGAGAAAGCCAGCAGAAUGGCGAAGGAAAGGGAGGAAACUGAGAAAGCAAGGUUGGCCAAGGAAAAGGAAGAAGCUGAGAAAGUAAGCAAAAUGAUCAAGCAAAUGGAGGAAGCUGAGAAAGCCAGGUUAGCCAAGGAAAGGGAGGAAGCCGAGAAAGCCAUCAGAAUGGCGAAGGAAAUGGAGGAAGCCAAGCUGGCCAAGGAAAGGGAGGAAACUGAGAAAGCCAGGAUGGCCAAGGAAAUGGAGGAAGCCAAGCUGGCCAAGGAAAGGGAGGAAGCUGAGAAAGCCAGGAUAGCCAAGGAAAUGGAGGAAGCCAAGCUGGCCAAGGAAAGGGAGGAAGCUGAGAAAGCCAGGAUUGCCAAGGAAAUGGAGGAAGCCAAGCUGGCCAAGGAAAGGGAGGAAGCUGAGAAAGCCAGGAUGGCCAAGGAAAGGGAGGAAGCCAAGUUGGCCAAGGAGAGGGAGGAAGCUGAGAAAGCCAAGUUGGCCAAGGAAAGGGAGGAAGCUGAGGCCAGGUUGGCCAAGGAAAGGGAAGAGUUCAGGCUGGCAAGAUUGGCCAAGGACAAGGAGGAGGCCGAACAGAUGAGAUCGGCCAAGGACAAGAGCGACCGUGAGACAGUCAGGCUGGCCAAGGAAAAGGAAGACGCUGAUAAAGCCAACGUGGAGGCCGUGCGACUUGUAAGAAACUAG